AGCACCCUCGAUUUCCAAGAGGAUUCACUCUGCUCCUGAUUGAGAAGGAAGUAACAUCCAUUGUGACAUAUAUUGCGACCAUUUAACACUUGAUGCUCCCAUCUUCAGUUCACGAAUACCACGUCGUGGGGCUUGAUCAACCCGGUCUCCCCAAGCGGACAAAAACCAAAGGAUAACAAACAGUGAAGCUUUGGGCGACAGGGAUCUCCGGAAGAUCAGACAGUGAUUUUCGGCUUUGCUGCCAAAGACAUGGAUUUUGAGGGGUGUUUUGUUGCCAACCUUGCAGACCAUCUCCACUGCAGCAUUUUGGGCUGUCAGAGUGUCGAGGAAGCGCCAACCAGGACCUCCAUCACGGGCCUUUGGACGGCAGCCUCUGACAGAUGGGCUGCCACAUGGUCAAGGACGUUCAACACCCACAGACUGCCAUGAGUGGAAUGGAUUCGACAUCUGAACAGACAAACCUCGGAAAAGCUCACGGACAAGCUUCAAACACAUCAAUAUCGUCAAUUGCUCCUCCCCCAUUGCGUCACCAGCGCCGGCACCAGCGCUACCGUGAAACAAAAGAGUUGCAGCUGGCCAUUGCGGCACCGAUCUUCUUCAUUCGAGCGCCGGUCAUGGCAGCAGACACCAUCGACCGCGGCUUGCAGCGUCAUCGGCGCUACAAGGGCCACAGAGACGAGGAAGCCAACACGGAGCUGAAGAUGUGUGAAACCGAAACGAUGCAUGGAUGAGGACUUGGAGGAUGUCCAACGACGGUCCAACGAUGUUGAUUUUGUUUGCAAGCUGUGUAGACGCAAGUCGUGUAAAGGCCACUAGUGUAGAGAAUCUAUGGCCAUUUUUCCAACCACAACCUACUAGCGAUCUGCAGAACUUACUGCAGGCAAAUCCCUUGUACAGGCUCAGCUGGACUUAGUAAAUGUAUUUGAUCUAGCAACGCGUUCCAUGUACAGCACGCGCCGUGCCAGCAGCAUGAUGUCCGUGGCUGCAAGCACUGUUUGCGCAAUCGUAGUUCGAGAGAGGAACAAAAUGUUCUAUUAAAGAGAGACCAUCCGCAAUUUGGCGUACACUCGGAGACUCCAGUGUUUCGAAUGAAUUUGGUCCCGAGUCAACCAAAAGACGUUUCACUGUGGGCUUUAGCUUCUAGUCCCAGCCAAGACGACGUGGAGGGUCCAUACAAGCUCCGAAA